AUGAAUGGGGUCGCCGUGACGAGCGCGGUAGACGCAUCAGAUGCGAGCGGCGGGAGAGGGAUCAACGUGACACACGAUGGAUGGCAGCGGGUGGGUGACGCAGGUGGGUGGCGACAGGCGGGCAACACGGGUGGGACCGUGCUCUGCUGGGUCGUCGUAGGCGUGUGCGGGGUGGGGCUUGACGCGUCGAGGUGCGGUCCUUGGAGCGAGAACGCAGCACAAUGGGGAGGAGUCGCGCGCCGGUUCUUUGCGUGUUGCGUCACUUCAAGUCGACGAUCCUUCUCCGCGUUGAGCGCAGAGCGGUGGCGUGCGCAGGAGAGGUCAAGGGGAAGGAUCAACGCAAAAGUUGAGCUGAGAGUCACCCUCGACAUGUUCGGGCGCUCGGGCGAUGGUGCGGUUCCCACGGUUGGUCAAACCAGUGCGUCUGGCGCCAAGCGAAGGCCUUGUACAAGUACCCCAAGACAGCCCCAAGUCUUAUUGUACUUGGCCAAGCUUGGCCAAGCUUGCCAAGCAUCCAAGGCUGUGGCGAAGGAGCAGAGGAAGGAGGAAUGUACCAAAUACUCUCUUCAGGCUUAUUGCCUGGAUGACCCUGAGACACCAUCACCAUCAGCCUUAAAGAAACAGAAGGCAAAAAAACCCGAUGUUCUACUUGCAGUGAAGCAAGCAAUCCUGAAUAGUAACCUUGGUAAUAGAGAUUUGUAUUGCCUAUACAAAGUGGUAACAAAGAGUAAAAUCUUCGGUAAUCUUCGGCAAUGCAAUUACUCAGAUGGUGCAAAGUUGAGCUGUAAUGAGGAUACCAGAUCCAAAAUGAAUGCAAAAAAGGGUGGGACUUUAUACUGCUUCAACUGGGAAGAUGCCCGUCAGGCACCUGUGGAUCUAUGGGUGAUUGGAACCCUGCCGCUUGUCUGGCAGGGAACACUAGGUCGUCGAGGUGAAGGGGUGCUGACCGUCCGAGAUUACGUGAGGCGAGGUUGUCUAUUUAAGACGCGAGUCGAGAGUGUAGCUACAGACACGCGAGAGAGGUAG